AAAAGCAGAGCAAACACCAGAGCAGCCAGGCUUGGCAGCAGCCUGACAGACAAACCUCCUGUCCAGAGGAAGAGCCUAGGCCACAGCAGAGACCAUGGAGCUCUCCUCAGCCCUUCUCCACAAAGGGCAGCUACCCUGGAGGGGACUCCUGCUGACAGCCUCACUUUUGAUCUACUGGAGCUCUCCCACCACGGCCAACGUCACUGUGGAAGCAGUUCCGCCCCAUGUUGCUGAAGGGGCAAAUGUUCUUCUACUUGUCCACAAUCUGACAGAGACACCCCGAGUCUUUUACUGGUACAAGGGAAAAAAUAUGGAUAACAGUAACGAAAUUGCACGAUUUAUACCGUCAGAUAAUGCAAAUACAACAGGGCCUGCAUACAGUGGCAGAGAGACAAUAUACCCCAAUGGAUCCCUGCUCUUCCAGAACGUCACUCAGAAUGACACCGGAGCCUACACGUUGCGAAUACUAAUGCAAAGCUAUGAUGAUACGAAAGUAACCGUGCAGUUCCAUGUCCACCCACUGCUACCCAAGCCCAGCAUCACAAGCAACAAUUCCAAUCCCAUGGAGGGUGACGACUCAGUAGCAUUAAUGUGUGAGCCUGAGACUGAGAAUACAAGCUACCUGUGGAGGAGAAAUGGCCAAAGCCUCUCAGAAGGUGACAGGCUGAAGCUGUCUGAGGACAACAGGACUCUCACUUUACUCAGUGUUGUGAGGAAGGACACAGGAGAUUAUGAGUGUGAAACCCGGAACCCAGUGAGCACCUCCCGAAGUUAUCCAUUCCAUCUGGAAAUUACCUAUCUCAUGCUAAGAAUUCCCGGGCACACCACUGGAAAACAUUUUACUUCAUUCCUUCUUGUCUUUCCUUCCCUGACAGCUGACCCAACACAAGGGAGUUCUGGCCUCUCGGGAGGUGCAAUUGCCGGCAUCGUCGUUGGAUCUGUCGCUGGGGUGACUCUGAUAGCAGCCCUGGCAUACUUUUUUUAUUUCAGGAAGACUGGCGGGUAGGACAGUUUUUCCUCUUUUGUGUUCUCCAGCUCUUAUUGUUAUGCUUGGGAGUUGGGCAAAAACUUCUCUUCCUCUGCCUCUGAGCUGGAUAUCUUUGCCUCUCUCCUAACUCUCUGCUUCUCAGCACUGACCCUGUGGGUUCAGCCUCCCUGUCUUCCUGCUCCCUGUACUCUUGUUUCAUGGAGUCCAUUCCCACAUAGAUAGAGAACAGAUUGAAUUAUACCGUUAUUCUUCAGACAGGAAGUCAAGGUCCAAGAAGAAAGGAAAGUGAGGGAAUCCAAGAAGCAGCAGGAAGAUACAGGUGGCAUGUCCCUCUGACUGCAGCAGCAGCGGGGCUGGGGGGCAGGUUAUAGGGAGAAGAGACCCUAAGAUGAAUUAACAGAAGCAUUGAAGUCCUCUUGGUAAAAAAAA